ACCUCUCUCUCUCUCUCUCUCUCUCUCUCUCUCUCUGAUCUUGGUUAAUGAUAUAUAUUCAAGGAGUUAGCAUAGCUUGUUAUUCAAAGUGAAAAAGAAAAAUGGAAAUUCGGGAACACGAUUUCAGUACUGAUCUAACGAAUAUUAACGUUGAGAACCCGAAAUCAGACGUACCAAGGCAGUUCAUGGAUAAUUACCCGCCCGAUUUUCUUAAAAAGGUAAUUGCAGAAAUAAUAGCAACGUUCCUACUGGUGUUUGUGACAUGUGGUACGGCGACUAUUAGUGGGAGCGACGAGCACAAAGUGUCAAAGCUCGGGGCAUCGGUGGCAGGUGGGCUGAUUGUAACGGUUAUGAUAUAUGCCGUCGGCCACAUCUCCGGUGCUCAUAUGAACCCCGCCGUCACUCUUGCCUUCGCCGCCGUCAGGCAUUUCCCCUGGAAUCAGGUACCAUUUUAUGCAGCAGCACAGCUAACAGGAGCUACAGCUGCUGCAUUCACACUACGUGUUCUAUUACACCCAAUUAAACACGUGGGCACAACUUCACCUUCUGGAACAGACAUUCAAUCCUUGUUCAUCGAAAUUGUUGUCACCUUUUCCAUGAUGUUCAUCACCUCUGCUGUUGCAACUGAUACCAAAGCAAUAGGGGAGCUUGCAGGGAUAGCAGUUGGCUCCGCCGUAUGCAUCACUUCAAUCUUAGCCGGGCCGAUAUCAGGGGGGUCAAUGAAUCCAGCAAGAACAAUAGGUCCAGCAAUAGCUAGCAAUUACUACAAAGGUGUUUGGAUAUAUAUAAUCGGACCUGUUUGCGGUACAUUAUCCGGUGCAUGGUCCUAUAGUUAUAUUCGUGUCUCGGACAAGCCAGCCUGUGCUAUGACAUCGUCGCAUUCAUUGUCAUUUAAACUUCGGAGGAUGAGAAGCAAUGACGAACAAACAACAACUGCAAACGAUAAUCUCAACCAUCUCUGAUUUGAAGCAACUGUUGCAGAUUAUAUAAUGAAGUGUGUAUAAUUAUUUUAUAAAUAUAUGUAACUUUCUUCCGUCUGAGGGAAGAAUACGAAAGGAACCAAAGUUAAGGUACUUGAAAUAUUCAUCGACGUGUUUGAUUGGAUUA